UCUUCUUCUUCUUCUUCUUUUCCUUCAGCUUCUUCUGGUUCGAGUAGUAUUACUUAUGAAGUGUUCUUGAGCUUUUGUGGCAAAGAUGUUCGCUUCAAUUUUGCCGAUCACCUCUACAAUGCGUUGGUUGAGGAUGGAAUUCGAACUUUCAGGGACAAGGAUGAACUCCACAAGGGAAACGAGAUUGGCCCGGAACUACUCACUGCAAUCCAGGAGUCAAGAAUCUCAAUUCCCAUCUUCUCGGAGAAGUAUGCAUGGAGCAAAUGGUGUCUCAAUGAGCUAACCCAGAUAUCUGAAUGCAGAAGAAGGAGGAAUCAGAUCGUGUUGCCCAUUUUCUACAAAGUAGAACCAACGGAUGUGAGGAACCAGAAAAGGAAGUAUGAGGAAGCCUUUGAGGAACACCUGCAGAAGGGCUUCCACGAGACUGACAUGCAAAAGUGGAAGAAGGCUCUGAGAGAGGUCGGAGAAUUGGAUGGAUGGCAUGUCAAGGAGGACACGUAUGAAGGGGAGUUAAUAAAAGAAGUUGUUAAUACAGUUCGAAGUGAAUUGAACAAGAGACGCUCAACCGUUUCUAACAACCUAAUUGGAAUCCAAUCUCAUAUAGAAAAAAUGUUGAAGUUAUUAGAUAUCAAAUCUGACAAGAGAACAAUUGUGGGCAUCCAUGGCCUCGGUGGCAUUGGAAAGACAACAAUCGCUAGGGCUAUCUAUUAUGAAGUCUUGAAUCACUUUGAAGGUUGUUGUAGCUUUAUUGCAGAUGUUCGGGAAAGUGCUCAACAAUAUAAAGGACUUGUUCAUUUGCAAAAACAACUUAUCUCUAAUAUCUUGAAACAAGAAAAUCAAGAUAUUGAUAGUGUGGAGGAUGGAAUUUAUGUGAUUCAACAAAGAUUUCAUGCAAAAAAGGUUCUUAUUGUUCUUGAUGAUGUGGAUCAGAAUAUUCAAGUAGAAUCUUUAGUUGGGGACCACGAAUGGUUUGGCCUUGGAAGUAAAAUUAUUAUCACAAGUAGAGAUAAGGAUAUUUUAAUUUCUCGAAAAGCAGAUGGGAUUUAUGAGCCCAAAGUAAUGGAUGCAAAUGAUUCUCUUCAACUUUUUAGCCAUCAUGCAUUUAGAAGGGACCAACCUCCAGAAGAUUAUUUGGAUCUCUCAAAUGCUAUGGUACAAACUACUGGAGGACUUCCCUUGGCUCUUCAAGUUAUAGGUUCAUCUUUAUUCAAAAAGAAAAAAUCAAUAUGGGAAAGCAUGCUAAAGAAGUUGCAAAAAGUACCUGAUAAUGAUGUUAUGAAAAGUUUGAAAAUAAGUUAUGAUGCAUUAGAUGAUGAGGAGCAACAAAUGUUUCUUGAUACUGCUUGUUUUUCCAUCGGAAUGGAUAAAGAUAUUGCAUGUCACAUAUGGGAUGGGUGUGGUUUUGCUUCUCAAGUAGGAUUUGAUGCUCUUUGUGUAAAGUCAUUGGUAACGAUUAACGAAAAAAAUGAGUUAAGAAUGCACGAUCAGCUUCGGGAUCUUGGAAGGGAAAUUGUUCGUCAAGAGAACAAAGAUGAUCCAGGAAAGCGUUCUCGAUUAUGUUUUCAAGAGGAAGUCUUGGAUGUAAUCAAUUCAAAGAAGGGAACAAGUAAUGUUAAAGGACUCAUUAUCGACUUCAGAUGUACAUCGAUGAGCCAAUGUUUGAUGAGUGAAGGAUUUUCUGCAAUGACAGGCCUAAGAUUACUCCGAGUUGAUUAUGCAGAGUCUUCUGGGAACUUCACCAAUUGUGAUCUGAGAUGGCUUAGUUGGAGAGGAUGCUCUGACCAAUAUGAACUAAUGAAUUUUUGCCCACAAAGACUGGCUGUUCUUGAUCUAUCACAUAGUAGUAUAACCAAAAACUGGAUGGGUUGGAACUACAUCAAGAAGGCAACAAAUCUAAAAGUUCUAAAUCUCACAUCUUGUGAUCAACUAUCUAGUACUCCUGAAGUUUCAGCAAAUCAACUCUUGGAGAUAUUGAUUCUUAAAGGCUGUAGAAAUUUGAAUGAGAUUGACACAUCCAUUUGUUGUCUCACAAACUUGGUCAUAUUAGAUAUGGGUGACUGCAACACACUGAAGGGUCUCCCAAGUGAAAUUUCAAAGUUGACUUCUCUCCAAAAACUUAAUUUAUUUGGAUGCAGAAGUCUAGUGAAGCUGCCAGAGAAAUUGGGCCGCAUGAUAUCCUUGAUAGAACUUGAUUUAACCUGGUGCAAGAGUUUAUUGGAUCUCCCAAGUGAUAUUGGCCAGUUGACUUCUCUCCAAAAUCUUGAAUUAUGUAGAUGCGAAAGUCUAGUGAAGCUGCCAGAGAAAUUGGGCCGCAUGAUAUCCUUGACAAAACUUAAUUUAUAUUAUUGUAGGAGUCUAUUGAAUCUCCCAAAUGAAAUUUGCCAGUUGACUUCUCUUAAAAACCUCAAUUUAGCUGAAUGCUUCAGUUUGGCCAGCCUUGAUUUUAGUCACUGCAGCACUUCAAUUGGAUACAUCACAUCAGGUCUUCCCUCCUCAAGUUUGAGCAGUCUUGAGGUUAGUGAGUGCACUUCAAUUCAAUACAUCUCAGGUCUUCCCUCAACUUUGAUUGAACUAAAUGCUAGAUAUUGUGAGUCGAUGGUAAAACUAUCGAGUACAUCAGGAGGCUUGAAAAAUUUAAAGACAUUAUGUCUUUAUAACUGCAAUAGCCUAAAAGAAAUUGAAGGUGUUGAUGAGAAAUUGGACUCCUUAGAGUACUUUAACAUUGGAAGAUGUUGUUCAUUGAAAAAAUUACCAAAAUUGACAGUGUCUAAAAAUUUAACGAGAUUAUUACUCCAUGAGAACAACUGCAUAUCCGAUUUUGAAGGUGAGGGUAUGGACUCUCUGGAGGAGUUGUGGAUAUGGAAAUGCAAAUCAUUAAGAAAAAUACCAUAUCUGCGAGAUUCAAAAAGGUUGAGGAUAGUAAAAAUCGAAUUUUGUCCGGAGUUAUCAGAGAUUGAGUGCCUUGAGAACUACGAAUCUUUACAAACAUUAUCAAUUGUCAAGGCCUCAUCAUUGAAAAAAUUACCAGAGGAUAUCUCAACCGGCCUGAAAAACCUAAGCUAUCUUAGAAUAAGUGGGUGCUUUUCGAUAGAAAGAUUACCUGAUCUUUCAAAGUCAAAAGAGUUGAGGGAAUUACAUAUUGGAUUUUGCAAAUAUUGCAAAGAUUGCAAAGAUCAUAGACUUUGUCAAUAUCACGGUGAGAUUAAGGAUUGGGAGAGCUUAACCGAAAUUCGGGGCCUCGAAAAAUUGGAGUCGUUGCGAGAAUUGGAAAUAGCAGGAUGCAUAGGCAUUCAAAGAUUACCGGAUCUGUCAAACUUGAAAAACUUGAGGGUGCUAUCAACAAAUGGUUGCAAGAAGCUAGCUGAGAUUCAAGCUCGCAAUGGGUUGGAAUAUUUGGAAGACUUGGAUGUUAGGGGGUGUAUAUCCUUGGAAAAACCACCAGAUCUGACAAAGUCGAAGGAAUUGUGCUUCCUAAAUGGUGAAGAAUGCAAGGACCUUACUGAUAUUGCUCGAGUAGCACUCUUGAAUGAUGGUUUGUCAAACCCAUCGGAAUCGGAUAGUGACCCACCGGAAUCGGAUAGUGACCCACCAGAAUCGGAUAGUGACUCGCUGGAAUCGGAUUGUGACCCGCCAGAAUCGGAUAGUGAAUCUAAAUGAAUAAAUUUAUUUCACAAGACAAAUUUAUUCAAGGUUCUUCAAGAAAAUACCUAUAUAUAUAUAUAUAUAUAUUCAUCUAAUGCUCUAGCUCCUUGGAGUACAUCCAAAGUAGAAGUUGUGUGUUUCCUCUAUUUGGGAGAAUGCUGAGUUGCGAAGUGAGGUGAGAAAGAGUCUUGAAGAAUAAAAUGAAGAAAUCUCUUCAAUGCAGUCCCAACUCAAUAUGUUAAUGCAAUCCAGCAGUCACACAGAUCACAGAGGCUUUAAAUCAUGAAGAUUGUCCCUCACAUAAAUAGCAUUUAUGUGAUCAUGUUGAUCCAAAGCUGGAGGUGAAUGGCUGGAUUUAGUAUUCUUGAUUAUAUAUUUCAAUGUCGACAUAAAUAUGCUUUUAGUAACUGAACCAAUAUAUGGAAGAGGAAGGUAACCCUUGGAUGCAAACCUCAUUCGACAUUUGCAUACUUUCAUUUCAUCAGGUAUCUUCGAUGGCACUUGCUUGACUUGGCACCGUUUUUUUAAUACAUGCCCAUGCUCUCAACUGCUGAAGGGCACUAGCUUCUAUAGCAUGCUUGUCUGUGUAUGCAUUAGGCCGGUGCUAUAACAUGAAGAGGAGAAGCAGCCAAUGGAGUAAGAAAGCAGCCAGAGCUUUCCUUCUCUGAACAUCACUCCUCAGGCUUAAAAUCUGCCUACUUCUCCUUUGAAAUUAACUCUCAAGAUGGAAGCAGCCAAAAGUGCCAUUGUUGUACACAGAGUGACAUGUCUAUAGCUGUUGGUUGUUCGUUAUUUCUUCACUGUUGGCAAUGGAAAUGGGUGAGGUAUCUAGCAGAUGAGUCUAGUUACUUAAUCCUUAUGUACCUUGGUGAUAAUGAUCUUGAAAUUUAACGACAAAUAUUUUCUUAUUACUUUAGGUCUCAAUUUUUAAUGGAUUAAUUCAACAAUCUUCAUAGAUCUUUAUCAUGUCAAUCUCUCUCUGAUAUCAGGUCUAGCAAUUAACAUGUAUAAUAAAGCUUCAAACAGUUUUUGCUUACAUAUGUCCUUCUCUUAUCACUCUAGAAGAAAAGAAUGUUGCCCAGUUUGGUGAGAAGUGAAGCGAUAUCAAAUCUUCGUUGGUAAAAUGAAGUCAAAUUAAAAAAGCAGAGCAACCUAACAUUAGGGGAGAUUUGGUUUGAAGUGAAUUGGAAAGGGGUUUUAUUUCAAUUUUUGGAUUUUCACACACACUUCACUUGAAUCACUUCUAACCAAAUAGAUCUGGAGGUUACAAUCAAUUCUCUCAGACCAAAUAGGAAGCUACCUCUAUCUGAUUGAAAGCUUGAAACCUGAAAGGAUCUUCAGUCCUUUGCUCCCUCGUCGUUCUUGCAGUAGUACAACUUCACUUCAGGUUUAGCAUGUCCUUCUUCACUAAGGUAGCUUGGGCCUUGGACUGGUAGUGAGAGUAAUGAAUAGCUGUGACAUUUAGGAUUUUCCCUCCAAUGUAGUUAAUGGUCCAAGAGAGAUCCACAUUGUAAUUUCUCUCCCACACAUUCAUUCACUCACUGUAUUUAAAUAUGAGUUGCGAACACAGAUAUUUAACCACCUCAAAAAGAAACCUGAGGAAACACAAAGGGAUAAGACAAUGCAUGUGUAGAUCCUCACCCAAGCAAUGGGAGAUGAUACUCAUACCAAGUGUGCUUGGUAGGAGUUGGAGUAUGUCCAAAGGAUUUAAUGGGGCAAUCAAGUAAAAACUGUGUUUCCUUUAUGUGGGAGAGCAGAGUUGAGAAGUGAGGUGAGGGCUUUGUGAGAGGAAGUCUUGAAGAACAAAACCAAUAAAUCUCUUCAACGCAGUCCCUACUUAAUAUGUUAAUGAAACUUGCGGUAGGAAACAAUCCAGCAGGCACACAGAUCACAGAAGUUUGUACUUUCAUACUGAUUCUAGCUCUACAUCUUAUAAUGUCUUUAAUAUAGUCUGUUUAUCUCUCAAAUUCACAAAAUUUCAAUUUUUGUAGGCUUCAAACCAUGAAGAUCCUCCCUCAAAUGCAUACCAUUCAUGUGAUCACUUUUAUCCGAAGCUCGAGUUGCUGUGUUAUACCGUGCUGUUACGAGUGGGAACUGGUAGCAGAAAAUAGGAGGAGAAAGGAUUUCUCUUCGGUGCGUGGUUCAAACAGAUAAUGAAGCAGGACAUCAAUGGCCUUAACUGCCCAUUGUGACUCUUGUGACCUGACAAUUUAAGCUGGUGUUGUUCCUACCAUGGAAGUUUUUUCCAAAGUUUUGGUCUGCAAAUUCGAUUGAUGUGAUGUCUUCACUGUUUGGGGCUGAUAUAAUUCACAUUUUGUUGGUAAUCCCUAAUAUAAUUGUGGAUCAUAUGGCGUUUUUACUCUUUUGGGUGUAAAGAAAAGAUGGGACAAAGUUUACAUUUUCUUAGAGAACUCAUAUUAUUGUUAUUCCA